GCCGGCCCGCCCGCCAUGACAUGGCGGCGGCGCAGCCCCGCCCCUCCGCGCUGGGCGGGAAACGCAGCCGGGCCGCUGAGGCCGGCGCCAUGGAGGCGGCGGGCGGCGAGGAGCGGUUCCUGCUCGCUCAGAGGCUGAAGGCUGCGGUUCACUACACUGUUGGCUGCCUGUGUGAGGAGGUUGCAGAAGAGAGAGACGUGCAAUUCAGCAAACAAACCAUUGCAGCUAUUACAGAGAUCACCUUCAGGCAGUGUGAGACCUUUGCAAAAGACCUUGAAGUGUUUGCAAGGCAUGCAAAACGAAGCACAGUCACUAUAGAAGAUGUGAAGCUUUUGGCUAGAAGGAGCAGUUCUUUGCUCAGGUAUAUCACCGAGAAGAGUGAAGAGCUCGCGUUAAGUAACAUGGAGCAAAAGGAGAAGAAAAAGAAGUCCAAUGCAGUUAAGGAACGGAGAACUGGGGAACAUGAAGCAGCUGUAACUGAAAGUGAAGAUUUCAACAUGGCAUGACUUACCUUUCAAGUAAUGUCUCUGGUCAUUUUCUCUUACUAUCCUAGAGGGACCAGCUAGCCUACUAGAGAUUCCUCUUGCAGGUUAGCAAUGGUAAUGAAUGUUUAGGCUUUUAGGUGAACAUGAUUAGUGGGAUUUUUUUUUUUCUGUUGUUCCAAACCUGGAAAGUCUGUCAGAAUUCAGUGAAGUUUAUAGCCAAAAUGCCUUAACUGCUCACAAAAAGGUAAAUUACUGUUAUUAAAAAGAAAAUCCUUUAAAGCAGAACAUUCUCACUGACCAGAAUACCUCAGUAUGUGCAAUGCUCUCCAUGCUUCUACUUAGUUUCUCCAGUAAUUGAUUUCUUGUUUCCAUUUUUGAUAUUUUUGUUUAAUAGCUGUAUCUCUUACUUGUCUUGACAAUUAAAACAUGUUUUGUGCCAUUUUUCACCUGUGA